AAUUGCGAUUGAUGCCGGGCGGUGUGGUUGUUUGUUGGAAUUCCUUAUUCAUUGGCGCGAAAGCAAUUAAUAAAAUACUACUGAGGAAUCCUGUAAAUUUUUAGUUUUGCUAUGGCCGGGGUGAAAUCUUUGGCGGUCAGGGGCAUAAGAAGUUUCGGUCCAGAGGACGGCGAUGAACAAAGGAUAACGUUCGAAAAACCACUAACAUUAAUCCUAGGACAAAAUGGUUGUGGUAAAACAACUAUCAUCGAAUGUUUACGAUACGCUAUCACCGGGCAAAUGCCGCCGGGAAGCCGUAAUGAGUGUUUUGUUCAUGACGCUAAAGUCAAUGGAACCAACGAAGUAUUGGCCCAAGUCAGACUGAAGAUUGUCAAUGCAAAGGACAAGCAGCUAGAGGUGUCUAGGUCUAUGCGUGUCACCGCACUACAGAAGAAGAAGACAAAGUUUCAGACUUUGGAUUCAUUUCUGUCUGUGCUUGAUGAUGCUGGAAAAACUAAAGACAUUUCAUCGAGAUGUGCUGAUUUAGAUUUUGUCAUGUAUGAAGAACUUGGGGUAUCCAAGGCUAUUCUUAAUUCAGUUAUAUUCUGUCACCAAGAAGACUCAAGUUGGCCUUUGGAUGAAGGUAAAAAAGUAAAGGAGCGAUUUGAUGAGAUUUUUGAAGCUGACAGAUACAGUGACUGUUUUGAACGUCUCAAAAAGAUAAGAAAGGAAUACACACAAAACUUAAAACUUCUCGAACAAGAAGUGGCUCACUUGACUGAGAAGAAGGAAGACUUGGAUAAGAAAAAGUUGGAUGUCAUUAACACUGAAACUCGCAUAUCUGAAGCUGAGCUAAAGGUGGCUGAAUUAACACAAGAAUUGAAACCCAUCUCUGAAAAACUGUCUGCAAUCACUACUCUUGAGAAUAAUAUUGUAGCAUUUGAAGCAAAGAAGGAGAAAAUCAAAAAUAAGCUUGAGCACAACCGAACUCAAGAAGAGGAAUUAAAAAAAGCCAUUAAAAACAUCUUUGAAGGAACAACAGCUGAGCUGCAGGAAAAUAUAAGCAACUAUGGAGCUACUGCAAAGGCUAAACAAAAGGAACUUAACGACUCAUACAAGAAGAACUUCGGCUUCAACAAAGAAGAAGAGAAAAUUGCAGAUGAAAAAACUAAAAAUGAAAUGAAAGUCAGCAAGUUAAUUCUUCUAGAAAGUCAGAAUCAAGAAAAGAUUGAAAAGAGAAACAAACUUGUUGUUGAAACAGCUCAAAUAGCAGAAAUAGAAGGUGUUACUGAAGUUGCAACAGAUGAAGAUGCUGAGAAAGGUGUUGAAAAAAUAACUGAAAAAGUUAAUGCUCUAAAGAAAGACCUCAAUGAACAUAAAAAGGUUGUUGACGCCGAUGAAAGCAAAUUACAGUUAACUGUUGACGAAAGCAGAGAUGCGCUUUCGCGACACAAACAAAAAAUAUCCAACAAGGAAUCAGAUAUCCAAAAAAACAAAAAGGAUAUUGCCAAAGUUGAUAAAGAAAUUACUGAUGCCAAUGAAUCUAAAGUGAAAUUGGAGAACUUGGAAAAAAAGAUUGAAUCUGCAGAGGAAGAAUACAAACAGCUUCAGAGUGAGCUCAAUACUGAAGAGUGUCAACAAGAGAUCACUGAGGAUGAAAAAGUAAUGGAGACUUAUGAAACUGAACUCGAUGAGCUAUCUGAAAAGAUAACUAAGCUCCAAAAGCAAAGUGCCAAGUUAAAGGAAAGAGAUCUGGUUGAAGAGUCUUUAAAAACUAAAGAGAAGCAGGCAGCUGUGUUAAGGAACAAACAUAAAGCAGCACUCACAGAUAUCUUGGGCAGCAUGCCUGAAAAGGACUUUGCACUUUCUGUAAACAAGUUUGAGUGUGAGAUUCGAGCUGAAGUGGACUCAAUGAAAAAGAAACAGAAGGAGAAACACACACAACAGACUGCUCUGCAGACUGAGAGGAAACAUGUUAGGGAAAUGCUAACUGACAAACGCAGUGAGCUGACGAAAGCUGAAGACCAGAUGUACAAAGCUUGUGGAACUCAGUCUUAUGAGUCAACACUUGCUAAAGUUACCUCUAAUGUGGAAAAAUUGCAGGAUGAACAAAAUGUUCUUCAAUCAUCCAUCUUCAUCAUUGGAAAAUAUAAAGGUCAACUUCAAGAUAAUAACUGCUGUCCCUUGUGUAGUCGCGGAUUUGAUAAUGAAUCUGAAGUAACAGAUUUAAUAUCGCAACUGACUACUCAAGUCAUGAAUGUGCCAGCAAAGUUGGAGAAAGUCACAGAAGAUCUGCAGAAAGCCUCAGCUAAGAAAGACGAGUUGCUGAGCAUGAAGUCUUUAAACGAAAAGAUAUCUACAUUGAAAGAAAAAGAUAUCCCUCAACUUGAAAAGAGGUUGACUGAUAUUGAGCAGCAAAUUGCUACAUUGACUCAAGAAACAGAAGAGUUGUCAAUGGCGCUGAUCGAGCCCGAAACAAAGAUGCAGACUGCUAAGCAAAUCCACAGUGAUAUGCCGCUGCUCGACCGCACCACGCAGGAGAUCGCUACCAUUACGAAAAACCUCGAAGCAGUUAAAGCGCAGUGCGCCGACUUCGAGACGGACAUGACUUUGGAUGGUGCGUUGGCAAAACAGACUGAUCUGAAACAAAAAAUCAACUCCCUCAAAAAUAAAAUCAAAACUACUCAAAGGAAACUCAAUGCCCACAACAAGAAGCUGCAAACAAUGACUGAGAAGAAAAAUAAGCUGAAGGAACAGUUGUUGAAUUUGCAAAAGAAGGUUCAAGAAAUAUUCAAUCUUCAAGAGAAAAAGAAGCAAUUGGAAGAAGAUGGCGAGAAAUUUGUCCAAGAGCUUAAGGAGCUGCAAGACGGCAUUCCGGCAUUGGAAGAAGUGGUGAAAGAAAAGGAAGCAGCCAAGAGUGAGCAAAUGAGCAAGUUAAGGAGUGUAACAGAAACUAAAAACAGUUACAUACUUAAAGUUACUAGUUCAUUUGACAAAGUAAAGCAAAUUAAUCUGGAGAUUAAACAGCACAAAGAUAAGAACAUUCCUUUGGAAAUGGAUAAAAUCAAGGAAGCUAAUGAAAAACUGAUGGAGAAGCAAAAGCAGAUUAUGGCUGAUAGGGAUGCUCUUACUAAAAGAAUCGACACCUUGAAAGAUGAGUUGGCUAAACAAGAGAUCUACAAGAGGGACUUGGAAGACAACAUGAAAUUGCGCAAAGCACAAACAGAAAUCGAAAACCUUUUGAAAGAGGAAACUGAGAACAACGAAAAAAUGAAUGGCGCCAAUAUGGAAAUGCUAACUGAAAAGCCUGCCCUAAUCACGCAGCAAACUAAACUGUUCAGGGAAAAGGCCCAAAAUGAAGGAGUUUUGAGUGAACUCAAGGAUAGAUUAAAACAAUGUCGCUUAGAAUUGAAGAAAACUUUGAACAAAGACAUAGAGAACAGAUUCCGGGAAAAGUUCUAUGAACUGCAUGUCACUAAAGCCAUAGACAAGGACAUCAAAGACUAUUCUAUUGCUCUAGAGAAGUGCGUCAUGGAAUUCCAUAGAGAGAAGAUGGAGAGCAUAAACCUAAUUAUCAGAGAGUUAUGGAGAAAGAUUUACAGGGGCAAUGAUAUUGAUUACAUCGAAAUUAAAACUGAAGGAGGCAUGACGGCAGAAUCAGACCGUCGCAAAUACGAUUACAGAGUGGUACAGUGCAAGAAUGGUGUCGAAAUUGACAUGCGCGGAAGAUGCAGUGCUGGUCAGAAAGUGUUAGCUUGCCUUAUCAUAAGGCUCGCUCUCGCAGAGACAUUCAGCUCCAGAUUUGGUAUUUUGGCUUUGGAUGAACCAACUACGAACCUGGAUCAGGAAAAUAUAACGAGUCUCUGUUCGGCUCUUGGAGAAAUUGUGAAGGAGCGAAUGGUUCAGAAGAACUUCAUGUUUAUCAUCAUAACACACGACAAGGAGUUUAUCGAGUCUCUCGGAAACAUCGACAAAGUGUCCCAUUACUAUGAAGUGUCCAGAAACGAACAUGGAAAGUCUAGAAUUAAGAGAAUUAGAUUUGCGUAGAGUGUGUGUUUAUAUUAAAAAAUGCUUUAUUAAUAGCCAUUCCUUAUAAUUUUUUAACAGAUUCAUUAAUAUUUCAAGUAGAUGUAAGAAGGCUGUGCCUUACAAAUUAAUUUCUCGGAUCAUUACAUUUUGUAUGUAAAAAAUAAGAAUAAAGUUUUUUUUUCUACAGUAUUUCA